AUGACACUGAUCGAUGCUCAAGUGCACUUUCUGGCGGAGCGUCUUGCACUGGUACACAUUCCACUAGACCUAUAUCCCUACUUCCUCCAGUCGGUGUUGAGAUUGGUCUUUGACGAGCUCUCGCCCCUCGAGGAAACAAAGGAUGAAGACGAACUUGAAUCCAUCGAAAAUGUAGAAACAACCUCGGAAGAAGGUUCCGGGUACAAGCCACCGGCCUUUUUGAACAUCUCCAUCACGCCCGUGGAAGUAUCUGUGAUAUGUCCUCGCCGCCUGGUUGAAAAAUAUUUUACACCCCUUCGACAACAGCUGAGCGGAUUAGAUAAAUCCCUCGAUUCUCAGCUCGAUGUCAGUGACAACGAUUAUAUUGCCAUGCAGGUCAUCGGCCAGGGGUUGGAGGCUGGGAAACGAGUUUUGGAGUUAACCAGCCCACUCGCUAUGGCUGGAAUCUCCAUCUUCUUCAUUUCAACUUAUUUCUCCGACUAUAUUAUCGUCCCUCUGAACAGCAAAGGCAGCGUUGUCGCCGCCCUGGAAAGCAGGGGCUUUCAGUUUCAAGACUCGACCGCCGCCUUUAUGACCCCCUUAGGCCCGACAUCCCCUCGAACUGAGCGCCAUCCAAGUGACGCCACACCACCAGGAACCCCACCGCCAUCCACAAUAUCAGAGCUCCAAACACGCACAUUUGAAAACUUACGUAAACGCCAAAUUACGCCUUAUGUUGAUGAAACCUUGCGUCUUGUGCAAUGCGCAGCCCACCAUCAAUUCGGAUAUGGUAGCGAAGAAAGCUCCAUGUCUAUCCUUCGCGAUGCCCUCACGACUGUCCUACUUGUCGACAGUCCACGAUUCCUCUCUCUUACCCAAGCAUCCCUUGAUCCAGCCGCAUCCCUUCUCCUCGAAAAACGACUCCUCCCUCGCUUCACAGAGCCCUCUAGUCCCCAUAGAGACUAUGAAGAUGGCUCGGGCCUUUUGCUUGGCUCAAAAGAAGACUUCCUUAUUCCAAUUAUGCUUGACCUCCGCGAUUUACCUCUCGAAGCCUCAGGUAUCGUAUGCGGUGUGGCGGGACGACUCGCCGAGGCAGCGGAAACGAUACCCCUCUAUAAGGACGUCGAGCCAAGCCUUGGGAGUAGUGGUGACAGCAGUACCGUUGGAUCUGUGCCCGCACUUUUUGAUUCAUUUGGGGCUCGCCUGAAUUUGGAAAAUGGCCAUAGCCCAGAUCGGAAGCCAUCCAAAGGGGCUCACUCUCUUGCACCAACCCAUCAUCUCAAACCUGAUGUGGAUCUGUCUGCAGAUUUAUUCGAGAUUAGUUUCCUGAGUACAGCGCGCGCUGGAACAAUUAUCGUUGGAGAAGAUGAGUUGCGACGCGCGAUCGCUGCUUUGGAGGCGGAGAGGGUACAGGAUUCCUUUACACCAAAUCCGUUCGAGGAGAACGAGGAGAACGUGAAGAACGAGGAUAACGAGGAGAAAGAGGAUGACGAGGAGUGA